CGACCAGGGCUGAAUCUUAUCAGAAACAAGAGGAGGGAGAGAAUGGACAUGGGGCCCAGAAUUCCCACACGUGUGGCGAGUGCGGUAACGAGUUUCAUGACCGAGGUACUAUGAGGAGACACUUGCGGACUCACACAGGUGAAAAACCGUAUCGAUGUGAGAAAUGCGACAAAAGCUUCAGUCAGCUGUCUUAUCUGAAGAAGCAUAUGAGAACUCACACAGGUGAAAAACCUUACAGUUGUGAAGAAUGCAGCAAGCAAUUCAGCGACCUUAGUCAUCUGUACAGACACAUGCGGACUCACACCGGUGAAAAACAAAACAAGUGUGAAGAGUGCGACAGACAGUUCAGCAGGCUGGACAGUCUGAAGGAACACAUGUGGACUCACACUGGUGAGAAACCGUAUAGAUGUGAGAAAUGUGAUAAAGGCUUCAGUCGGUCAUACAGUCUGACGAUUCACAUGCGGACUCACACAGGUGAAAGACCGUAUAAGUGUGAGGAGUGCGGCAGGUGUUUUAUUGAACUGCGUGAUCUAAAGACACAUAUCAGAACUCACACAGGUGAGAAACCGUACAAGUGUGAGGACUGCAGCAAGCGGUUCAGUGAGCUGGGUAGUCUGAAGACACACAUGAGAACUCACACUGGCGAGAAACCGUACAUGUGUGAGGAAUGCGGCAAGCAGUUUCGUCAUCUGACAGGUCUAAAGACACACCUGCGGAUUCACACGGGUGAGAAACCGUAUCAAUGUGAGGAAUGCAGCAGGUGGUUCUGUCAGCUGAGUCAACUGAAGUUACAUAUCAGAACCCACACCGGUGAAAAACCAUUCAAGUGUAAGGAGUGCAACAGACAGUUUAGUGGUCCGUCUAGUCUGAACAGACACAAGCGAACUCACACUGAUGAGAAACCGUACCGAUGUGAAGAAUGCGGUAAACAGUUUAGCAGGCUGGAGAAUCUGAAGUUACACAUGAGAACUCAUACUGGUGAGAAACCGUACAGAUGUGAGGAAUGUGGCAGACAGUUCAGCAGGCCGGGUAGACUGAAGCAGCACAUGAGAACUCACACUGGUGAGAAACCGUUCCGAUGUGAUGUGUGCGGCAGACAGUUCAGCAGGAUGGGCCAUCUGGAUAAACACAUGCACACUCAUACUGGUGAGAACAAAACGUAGAGAUGUGAGGAGUGCUGAAAGCAGUUAAGAGGGAUGCUUAUUCUGAAGUUACGCAUGCAGACUCACACAGGAAAAAAUGUAGCAAAACAGUUGGAAACUGUAUCAAAAUCUUUUGGCAAUUAUGUAAUCUGAGUGCCAAGUAGACACGCAUUCCCAAACAAACAUUUCAGUGUCCAUGUCAGGAUUACUAUAUGUGAUAACAUAUGAGUCAG